AUGUUGUGUUUCCUGUCUGAAAUGGGUAAGGUAUUAUAAUUAUAACAUAAAAUCUUCUAUUGUCUUGCUGUCUUAUCUGCCUGAUAGAUAAAUAUAUAUAUAUCUACAAGCAAACUUCAACACUCUACUAUCUGGGAAAAUGUCUGAGAAAGCUGAACUGGUUCAACCUCCUCCCUACCCCCAGUCUGAGACACAGUCACAGGUGGUAGUUGUACAGCAGCAGCAGGCACAGGGAGUGACUCCUCUUCUUGGAGAGUUUCCAACUACAGUUAAUUGCCCUCAAGGUCACCAGGUGAUGAGCAAUGUGUACUACAAGUCUGGAACAAUGGUGUGGGUGGUGGCAGGCCUCAUGGUCUUGUUUGGUCUCCUCUGCUUUGCCUGGAUUCCCUUCUUUGUGGACAGCCUCAAAGAUGUGGUCCACACGUGCCCACAGGACGGGACCGUCAUUGGGGUCUACCAGAGGCUCAAGAUUUAAUCUGAACUCACUAACUAAACAAUCUUUGUUGAUACAUUUAUACGGUAGUUUUUGUAUACGUGUACGGUGUCCCCUCAGCCUCCAAGCUGUUUUUUGACUAUUCUAAUUACUAUCGUUACUUUCUGUGAGCUCAUUCAAUAAUUUGUAUCACAAAAACAAAUUCAUAGAAAUACAAAAAAACAAAAAAGACUAUUAAUAGUUCACAA